UCAGGCGUCCGCAUCCAAAUCCCGAUUCUUCUCCGCCCUAUCCAUGACCCGCUUAUCUGCUCCUUGGAGAAGCACAACAAAUACCAUGAGCCGGUUGCCCCCGUCUCCUCUAACGCUCUCCGUUGCUCUGUUCUCCACCACCAGCAGCAAUGUCUCCAGCGACGUCCUCUGUCUCCGUCCACGGACCUGGACAAGCCCUAAGCUCACGGUGGUGAUCGGGGGACGACGAGGCGGGACGGUCCGGUGUAUGGCGAACCAGCGUCGGGUCAAGAUGGUGGCCAAGCAGAUCCAGAGGGAGCUGUCGGAUAUGUUGAUCACCGACAAGGUUCUCCAGUAUGCCGUCCUCCCGGAAGCCUCCCUCGGUGCCGACCGCUACCUCUCCUCCCUCACUACUAUUAGCGGCGUCGAGGUCUCCAGCGACCUCCAGGUUGUUAAGGUGUAUGUGUCUGUCUUUGGUGAUGAUCGAGGAAAAGAGGUUGCUAUUGCUGGACUGAAGUCGAAGGUCAAGUAUGUGCGUAGUGAGCUGGGGAGGCGGAUGAAGUUGCGCCUAACUCCUGAAAUACGUUUCAUUGAAGAUGAGUCGCUAGAAAGAGGAAGCAGAGUGAUAGCCAUAUUGGACAGGUUAAAGGAAGAGAAGAGCACCAGAGAUCAAGAUGCCAAACAAUUUGAACCUCCAAAUUCUUCUGAAGAAGACGGAGAAGGUGAUAUGGAUAAUGAAGAUGAAGACAUCAUUUAUGUAAAUUAAAACAAAUUGUUGAAGCUGUGGUAUCUGCAGGGCGAUGCCAAUCAAAUGUGCCAGGAUGGAACAUGUUCUCUAGUGACUAUUUGCGUAUGUAAACCUAACUUGGUACAUUUGUAGCUUGUAAUUUAUUGAUAAAUCUAUUGAUGGUAAAACCCCAACCACAAAAAAGGGAGGAAAAAAAAUGAACUACUUGAUUUCAUCAUCAUCCCCGAGUAGGUCACCUACUUGGAUUUUCAUUCGGCGUUGUACUAUAACUUACUGACAGAGCAGCAUGGAAAUUGGAGAUUCUUUGCGCUUCAGGUACCAACUACCGUGUCUGAACUACUAAAGUGAGGGUGUUGCAGUUUUGCAGUGUGAAUUCAUUAGGCUUUAUUGUCCCAUGCUUUUCAUCUAUUUAUUUUGUGUCUAGGAUAUUUCAUACCCAUAACUAAAUAUUUGUCUGUAAUAUGAAAAAAAAAAUCCAUAUCAUCUGCAAUCAA